UAUGUGUGAGUGGGACUGAACCGAACUAAGCUGGGUUCUAAUCAUCAUGGAUGGGAUGAGAGCUCAUCUCCUGCUGUGUCUGCUGCUGGUGGUCAGGGCGGCGGAAGAUCCUUUUACAGACCUAAGAGACGAGAUUUUCACCCCACUGGGUCCAGAAUUUGAAGGUUUAGCAGUCCAGAAGCCAAUUGAAAGUUUUUUACCAAUUGAUCUCCUGGAUGAAUGGAUGCAGAGAACGGUGGCACGUGACGAGUCUCCGGCUGUAGAGGAGAAAGGUCCCACACGCCCUCCUGUGUCCCAUCAGCUCCAUGACUAUUAUGUUCCCUUUCCUCUCGGCCGUCCAACCCUCAACAACAUCUUUGCCAUUUGUCACUACAGUGGCCGACGUUCCUGGUAUCCUAAAGAAAAACUACCAGACAGUGGUUUUGGUAGUAUAAUCCGUCAGAUCAAGGCUAACAAUAAACUGGAGUACUGGUUCCCAGUGUGCUGCGGUAAUAACAGUACCCAGGAUGAAGAACUGACCCUGUGCUGUGCUGAGCAAGCGUGGAAGGAAUCUCUUGCUGACUUCUGUUGGGAGGAACUCUCUAUAAAGACCAUUCCCUUUCACUGCUGCAAGCUGGACGGGUCAGAAAUAUGGAAAUGCUUUGAGAAGUUUGCUGUAGACCACGAUUACCUGCCUACUAACCAGAGCUUGUGGACUCCGUCCCCCUCCAUCAUUGAAAACUUUGACUUUAAUCCCAGUACCUGCAAGAGAACAAGCAUUCAAGAAGACGUACCUGAAGUUCUGAGAGAGAGGGAGACCUUGAGACCUCGAUCUAAACCUUCAGACCUCGACCUGUCCAUGUAUUCAGGCAUGGAGCAAAGAAUGGUGAUCCCUGACAUUCCUUUAACAGUGAGUGAGAGAGCUCCUGAACGCCCCCCUGUGGACGAUUCCAUUCCGAUUAUUAAAGGCCUUCGGUUCCCUCCUGCCCGUCCAACCGCCAGCGAUAUCCUCACCAUUUGCCAGUACGGUGACCGUCGACCCCGUCGCAGCAUUUCAGAAUCUCUCAGAUCUCCUGUGGUUAGAAAGCUGAACAUCGUCUUCCCCCCUGGUCGCCCGACUUCUGCCAACAUCGCCUCCAUUUGCACUAAUCGCGAGCGUCGCCCUCUCUACCCAUCCGGCGGUCUGACUGGUUUGGGCGCCCACCAGUGGAGAGCCAUGGACAUGCUGGACAAAGCCUUCGCUAAGUGUUGUAAAGAGAAAACAAACAUACACGCCUGCGCUAUGAAGAAGUGGAAGAGGAUGGUGAGGAAUUUCUGUCGGAAAGAACAGCAGCACAGCGAGAAGCCGUUCGAUUGCUGCGGACGCACAACGAGAAACGAUCAGUACGACUGUUUCGCCGCCGCCUCCCCGAACCCGGGCUACACGCUAGUCAAUGUUAACUUUGCGGCGUUACGAACGACUCCCACUUCGAACAUGUUCUGCAACACCUACACCAAAUAUAAAUAUGGGUCUGAUUCAGAUUAUAAAUUCAAUGAGAUGGCUGAAGAGUGCUGCAGCCUACCAGACGGAAUGAAGCUGACGUGUAUUCAGAUGAAGCUGAAUAAUGUUUGUAAAAACCAACAGCGGCUCUUCUGUUGCGGGAUGAGACGCUCCGAAUGCCUCAACAAGCUGCUCUUACGCUACAUGGCUGCAUCAAAUAUUCUCACCACCAAGGGCACGAUAUGCCCGAUGUCCUUCGAUAAAGUUAUGAGCGUCGUGUCUUCAGACGCUUUUGACCCGAAUGGAAUCCUGAGUUGAGCAAGACGCUUUUAUUAACACCACUUAUGUUUUACUAAAGGGGGUGAUGAGUGGGUCAGUUAAUGCAUUAGAGCUUUAGCAGAACUGUGUGGUCAGUGUUCUCUUUCACUCUGUAGCUUCUUCUACCAUCCACACUUAUGAUGCACAUUAUUAAACAUGGAUUAUAUUUCUUCA